CCGCCUAGAACUGUAACCCUAUUUUCCCAAUCCCCGAAGCCCUAACCUUUAACCUCCAUGAAAUUUCCUUCCGGUGGCGGCGGAACCCCGAAACCCAGCGAUUUCCAACCCGUAAUCCUAGACCUAUAAGCCCUAUCAUCAUCCCCAAAUUCCCGAUUCCCCAACCUUUUUCGAACUUCCUUUCAAUGGAACUCCAAACCCUCACCAUUUCGCAACCCAUCAUCCUCUACGAAACCCUAACCUUAGACCCAAUUUCCCUCCCUUCAUCCCCUGCCGCCGAAUCUCCGCCGUCCAGUCGAUCUCCUUUUGAUCCGUACACUGUCUUCCGCAACGAAAUCUCUCUAUCGGCUGAAAAUCCCGUCUCCGUGGAUUCAGAUGCGCCGGACUAUUUCUCGCUUGAUGUUAAUGAGCCGGUAAUAAUUCAGACUCCAGUCUCGGCCUGGGAUAAAGCGGAGCCGAAGACACCAGCUACUGUGGAUGAGCCAAGGCUUGAGAACAAAUGGUGGUUUGGUGGGAAUAGCAAGUUUAAAAGUCCAAUGCUUCAGUUGCAUAAAGAGAUAGUGGAUUUUUGUGAUUUUCUAUCUCCCACUCCUGAAGAGCAAGCAGCCCGUGAUGCAGCUGUGCAUUCUGUUUUUGAUGUUAUCAAAUACAUAUGGCCUGCCUGCAGGCCAGAAGUUUUUGGAUCAUUCAGGACAGGGCUUUAUUUACCAACAAGUGAUAUUGAUGUAGUGAUUCUAGAGUCGGGUAUAAAAAAACCUCAGACUGGUUUGCAUGCUAUUUCCAGGGCAUUGUCUCAAAGGGGGAUUGCAAAGAAGAUGCAGGUGAUUGCGAAAGCUCGUGUGCCAAUAGUUAAGUUUGUAGAAAAGAAAAGUGGUGUUGCUUUUGAUGUAAGCUUUGAUGUGGAUAAUGGACCAAAAGCUGCUGAGUUUAUCAAGGGAGCAAUAGAAAAAUGGCCUCAAUUACGACCUUUGUGUUUGAUCUUGAAAGUAUUUUUACAGCAGAGAGACCUGAAUGAGGUAUAUUCUGGCGGAAUAGGUUCAUAUGCUCUCCUUGCAAUGAUCAUAGCCAUGUUGCAGAAUCUGUGUGAAUCUCAAGCUUAUCUGGAACAUAACUUGGGGAUGCUCUUGGUACAUUUCUUUGAUUUUUAUGGUCGAAAAUUGAACACUGUGGAUGUUGGUGUGUCUUGUAAAGAUAGAGGCACUUUCUUUUCGAAGAGUAGCAGAGGGUUUUCAAAUAAAGGACGACCAUUUCUCAUCUCCAUUGAGGAUCCACAGACUCCAGACAAUGACAUCGGGAAGAACUCAUUCAACUAUAUCCAGAUUAAGUCAGCUUUCGGUAUGGCUCUUUCUACCCUUACUAAUCCAAAGACCAUUUUGUCUCUGGGCCCGAAUAGAAGCAUUCUUGGUACCAUAAUUAGACCGGAUCCAGUUUUACUUGAGCGCAAAGGAGGACCCAGUGGUGAUGUCACUUUUAAUAGCUUGCUUCCUGGUGCCGGAGAGCCUUUACAAACAAUUCACGGAGAGCAGCAGAACAUUUUAUGCAAUUGGCAAUUAGACGAUGAAGAUCCGCUGCCUCGAUGCGAUGGAAACACUGGAGUUGUUAGUGCUCAAUCCUCUGGGAGAAAAAGGAAGUCUUCUUCCAAAGAAAGACACCAAAAGAAGAAAGUAAAAGAAAAUGGUGAUGUAAGAAAGUUAUGGGAUGAAGAAACAAUCACAAAAAAAGAAAAGAGUUCUAGGAAGAAAAGUUCUAGACGUAAGUAUAAACAUAAUGAUUCCAGUGGUUUCGGUCGUCAUCCCAGUGGUUCGUUCUGGAGUUGCUAGAAUAACCUUAUUCUAAUGCUCCAUCACCUUUGGUUUUCUGUUUCAAUCAUUCAAGAAUCAACCGUGGCUCUGAACGGUGGUCUAUUCCAGUUAUGUCCAGGUUAUUUUCUUAGUUCUAUCAUACAAGGUUUCUGAGAUAGGCUGCUAUUGACUGCCAUUUCUUCUGGGACAUGGAUGGGUUUAAGUUCAUUACAGUAGUCCCAUUGUUCUCAUUUUAUAUAGGGGUUUGUGGCAUGGGUGGGUCAGGUAAAACAACACUUGCAAUAUUUGUUU